AAGUGGAAAAAAACACUCACAGAAAUGGAGGUUGAGGUGACUUGCAGGGAGAUGAUCAAGCCAUUGUUUCCAACUCCACACCAUUUGCGCCAUCUGCAACCCUCCUUCUAUGACCAAAUGCAAGCCCGGGUGUUGAUGCCCACCCUCUAUUUCUACCCAGAAGACCCCAACACCACCAAUCUCCAGCAAGCCAACAAGCUAAAGCGAUCUCUUGAGAAUGUUCUCACAAAAUUCUACCCGCUUGCUGGCCGCGUUGAAGAAGACCACACCGACUGCAAUGACGAGGGCGUCCCUUACGUCGAAGCCCGAGUCAAUUGCCAGCUCUCACAAGUCAUCGGCGAGUCUCGGCUCGCCAAGCUAGACAAGUUGCUUCCGUACACUGACUGGGAAGAGUCUCACAAUCUUGCACUGGCAGUACAAGUGAACUUCUUCGAGUGCGGUGGCAUUGCGAUUGGUAUAUCUUCUAAUCACAAGGUUUUUGAUGCUGCAUCAAUUUUUUAUUUCGUCAAUUCCUGGGCUGCCGUGGCUCGCGGGGAUUUAGACUAUAACCGAAUGUCAAGUCCCAAUUUUGACCUCCCUAAGCUCUUCCCACCAAAACCCUUGCCCUUCACGCCGAAACUGGUUCAACUCAUUUUGAGAAGAUUGUGGCUAAGAGGAGCAACUCGUGAAAAGCGUUAUUUGGCCUUUCUUAUGGUGAAUUUGCGUAUGAGAGCAAAUCCUCCGCUUUCGGAAUCUUAUUUUGGUAACCUUGUCGGGUUUGCCAAGGUUGGAGAAUCCACGGACCAGGCUUUGAUGGACGGAUCAGAGUUUGUGACCCGAACAAGGGAUGCAGUAAAGAGAAAUGCUGAUAGUUUUGUUAAAAAACAUGAAAAUCCUAUUAGCGACGUGCACGUGGAUGAUUAUAGCAACAAAUCUGAAGAUGUGAACGUGAAAUUUUCAAGCUUCUCCAACUUUGCAUUGUACGAAGCUGACUUUGGGUCGGGUCGACCCGUGUGGGUGACCAUGGGAGGGUCAUGCUUUAAAGACACAGUGCUUUACCUACCCACAAGAUCAGGUGAUGGUAUAGAAGUAUUGUUGUAUUUGAAAGAGGAUGACAUGUCCAAGCUAGAAUCAGACACAGACUUCUUAGGUUUUGCAUCCACUUCUUCGGAUGUUUAA